AUGAGUGAAAAAGGACGCUUAGUGAACGAGUUCGAAUCUUACUUCUAUGAGUUUUCCCCUCGUGGAUUUACGGACGGAGUAUACAAUGCAAUUAUUGACAGCUGGAGCGAGUCUGUUGGAAUUCACCUCGAAGAUCCUCAAUUGGCAUCGCUAGUUGGCAACAAGAGUUUUCAAUCUGGAUUAUUAGGAUUCCUAUUCAGAUCGGAGUGUAAAUUCAAAACUAUUCUCAAUAACUUCACGGAUUACGCAAUCCGGUAUAUCUUCCGUAUUCCGACUUCUGUCACCCUACCUGAGCACAGGGAAGCUCAUGUUCUGGCUAUCGAACAAGAAAGGAAAGAGGAAAUGUAUGAUGCUACAGCUGUUGAGAAAAAGUUGAAAGCAAUGGAAUACAAAAUUAUUGAGAUGAGAUUCAAAAUCGCAGAAAUGAGAAGUUUGAUAAACGAAGUUGAUGACACUGCCAAAGUCAUGGAAGCUAUGGAGAAUGCAGCUGAACAAAAGGAACUAGAGUAUUCUCAAAACAGCACAAUAAUCGCUAGCCAAUAA